CGGCCCGCGUGCGCCCCCUGCGAGUGGCGCAGGCUCCAGAGCGCAGGGGUCCUACGGCCGGCGGCGGAGGAUGGCGCAGGCGAUGCUGCGUUGGGCUCUGCUGCUUCUGGCCGUGACUUUCGCAGGUAGCGCUCGGAGCAAUCCUGACGAGCCAGGACCUCCGGAGGAGCGCGGGAGAGGGAGUCACGCCGGCGGCGGCCCCUGCCCGACUCCGGGCGGCCUCGGCGACGGCACUCUGGCGCCUCGAUUUGGUCAGGCUUCAGAAUAUAGAACUCCAAACUGUGCUCAGUAUAAAUUACCAGGAUGUCCCAGAGACUUUAACCCUGUGUGUGGCAGUGACAUGUCCACUUAUCCCAAUGAAUGUACUCUGUGCAUGAAAAUCAGGGAAGAUGGUCAUGAUAUUAAAAUCAUCCGAAAUGAACCCUGCUAAUGGAGCAGUUUACAGAAAAGAAGAUGGAGAGACCACCUUGACUGGCACACUAGAUAAAUCGCAUUUCCUCUUUUUCUCUUUUCCUAUGUUUCUUUGCACGAGAUUUGUUAACCCACAUUUUCUAAGAGGAGAUAUGGAAGACAGCCAUGUAUAGUGAUGGAUAAUUUAAAGAAAAAAAGAAUCUUCAUUUCUUGGCUUUUGCUCCUAGAGUUAAGCUUACUGCCUAGAUGACUUGUGCAUUGGUUUAUUCAGUUGAAAUAAAAUCAGCAUUGAAUUCAGUU